UGACCUAACACAUGCGCAGUGGGAACGAAAGCCUUUCCUGUCAACAUGGCGCUGUACAGAGCAGGGUUGUUGUUAAGGACAUCCAGCAGAUUAUUACCGGGAAACCCUCUCAUAUUCCCCGCUGCUGUCCGAACACAGAGCUCCGUGAGCGGGGUGCUGGUGCCCCGGACCUCCCUCACCAACCCGCCGUGGCCAGAGCAGCUCCCCUCGGUGGAUGAGGCGGAGGUUCUGAGGCGACACGCCGCGGUGGUGAGCACCGUGAACCGGAGCAUCGAGCAGCAGGACUUCGGCCGCUUGUUCGCCGUGGUGCACUUCGCCAGCCGGCAGUGGAAGGUCACCGGGGAGGACCUGAUCCUGAUCGAGAACCACCUGGAGGCGGGCUGCGGGGAGCGGAUCCGCCUGGAGAAGGUGCUGCUGGUUGGCGCGGAGGACUUCACCCUGGUGGGGAGGCCUCUGCUGGGGAAGGAUCUGGUCCGGGUCGAGGCCACCGUCAUCGAGAAGACCGAGUCCUGGCCCAAAGUGCAUAUGCGUUUCUGGAAGAGACACCGGUACCAGCGCAAGAUGAUCAUCGUGCAGCCGCAGACGGUGCUGAGGAUCAACAGCAUCGAGCUGGCCCCCAGGCUCUCAUGAUGAUGGACUAUUCCACAUAGACUGUUUGUUUUCUAUUCAUUUAAAUAUGCAAACUGUGAAUGAGUUGCUUUCUUGCUGCAGCAAAGGGACUCCUCUGACAGUUGUUGACUGUUUGAAACUGUAAAUAAAGAUUCAUCUUUUGACUGAUA